AUGCCCAUAAAGUAUCGUUCCAUCGCUUUCGAGCCGAGUGCCACCGUAGCGGGCCUUAUCAACAAGCGGACGAUUGCAAAGAAUCGGCUUGAUUUGGAUAUCAGCAGGAUUUCGUGCAUAUGGCUAUCAUUGUAUGUGGGCUAUUUAGCAAUCUACUUGUCUUCUGGUUCUUUGGGAUUUGCAUGGAUGAGGCUAUUAUUGAAUGUCGACAUGUUUUCGUGCGUAUGGCUGUCAUUGUAUGUGCGAUAUUCACCAAGCUGCAUGUCUUCUGGUGCAUUGGGAUUGCUAUGGAUGCAGCUGUCAUUGGAUGCCAACAUGUUUUCGUGCGUAUGGCUAUCAUUGUAUGUGGGCUAUUCAGCAAGCUACUUGUCUUCUGGUGCAUUGGGAUUUCUAUGGAUGCAGCUGUCAUUGCGAGCUACUUGUCUUGUUCCCUUUGGAUUCUUGAUGGAUGCAGCUACCAUUGGAUGUCCACAGGGUUUUAUUCAUAUGGCUUUCAUUGCAAACUACUUGUAUUUUGGUCCUUUGGAAUAUUCAUGGAUGCAGCUGGCAUUGCUAAAUAUCGUUCUGUGGAUUCGGGAAACUGUUUACCGUGCAUCUUUUAUAGCUACCUGCAAGUCGUCUCUGCAUCGGUGGAUCUUCAAAGCAAAGUUUUUUAUCGGUGCCAUGGCGGAUGGCAUUCCUCAAUUACUUGUAUGGAUACCUUGGACGUACUCUCGGCAAGUCAAUAUUCUCGCGUAUGCUAUUUCAUCAAGACCGGAUUUAUUUGUUGCAGUGCAUGAUGUGUCUCUCUGA